AUGGGCGCUGUGUCCGACCUCCUCCUCUUAUCUGGCUCUGACCACUGUGCCGAAGUUGUUUCUGGAGCGCAUAUCCACCUUCAACAUCCUCCACUACAGUUGUACUCAACUUACAACAACAACAACGACAACGACACCACACAUCCCCCCACAUCUCAGGCACGCGACACCAUGGCCAUCACAGACGACCCCUCCGAGCUCGAGUUCGCUGAUCUCCAAGAACUCUUGAAGCAUGAUAUUAGCAUCAAAGUCGCUGGGGUCGAUAUAGACGGCCAGCUCCGAGGCAAGCUCAUGUCCAAGAAGAAGUUCUUCUCCAUCGUCAAGUCCGGCUUUGGCUUCUGCUCAGUCAUAUUCGGCUGGGACAUGCACGACCAGACGUACUUCAAAGAGCUCAAAGUCAGCAAUGCGGAGAACGGGUACAGGGACAUCACGGCAGAGAUAGACCUCAGUAGCUUCAGGAGAAUACCAUGGGAGAACAACAUCCCAUUCUUCUUGGUCAGCUUCCGUGAGCCAGAAGGAGCAAGCUUGAGCGCAUGUCCUCGAAGUCUGCUGGAGCGGACAGUUGAUAAGAUCGAAGCCAAGGGCAUGGGUGCGUUGGCUGGAGCCGAGUAUGAAUUCUUCACCUUUCGAGCACCCACUGAUACCCAUAUCUCGCCCACUUCCGACAACCGAAAUUCGAGCGCUACUGCGACGUUCCUGCAGAAGCAUCCGGUAAAUCACCUUCCAAGCUUGGAGGAAGGCAUGUUUGGAUACUCCUUGACCAGACCGGUGCACAACCAAGAGUGGUACUACGGUAUUUUCGAUGCGUGCAGCAAGUUCAGGUGUGACAUCGAGGGCUGGCAUACGGAGAGCGGACCGGGUGUCUAUGAAGCCGCUCUUGAGUACGGCGAGAUCAGGCAAAUGGCUGACAGAGCUGCUUUGUUCAAGCUUACCGUCAAGAGUGUCAGCUCCAACUACGGUAUCACACCAUGCUUCAUGGCCAAACCAAGGGAAGGACUUCCGGGUAAUAGUGGACAUAUGCACAUUUCGUUAAAGGACAACAAGACGGGAAGGAACCUCUUUGCCAGAGAGAAGGCCGAUCCGAAUCCGCCGUUCGAGGGGCUGGAGGAUGUGUCUGACAUUGGUCGCCAAUUCCUCGCAGGUGUCCUUGACGGUCUCGCAGAUAUCAUGCCCCUGUUCGCGCCCACGGUCAACAGCUACAAGCGCCUGGUUGAGAAUUUCUGGGCUCCAGUGACUGUCUCUUGGGGUCUCGAGCAUCGCGCGGCUUCGAUCCGACUCAUUGCACCACCCACAUCCCCUCCAAAGGGUACCCGUUUGGAGAUCCGUGUUGCCGGCGCGGACACUAAUGGCUACCUUGUUCUUGCUGGAAUCCUCGCGCUGGGCUACCGUGGUAUCGAGAAGAAAAUGAGCAUCCCCAUUCCUCCGCUGGGCAAGGGUGAGGACGUAGGAGGCUCCGGUGAUAAGGGUCAAAGACUUGCGAAGAGCCUCAAGGAGGCCACUGCGCAGUUCGCUCGCAAAGAGAGUGUUGCCAGAGAGGUACUCGGCGAUGACUUUGUUGACCAUUACGCCGGUACCAGAGAACAUGAAGUCCGCCUCUGGGAUGAGGCAGUGACUGAUUGGGAGGUGAGGAGGUACAUUGAGACUGUGUAA